UCGCCGGCCGGUAGUGCCACUUGCAUACAACUCUCGGGGAGGCUUUAGCGCGUCGCACCGUACGGCAACCACUUGGCAACACCGCUUGCAUACGCCUAUAAAACCCCCUGCAUGUCGCCGGUUCGCGCAGAACGCGUACGCUCAUUCGCAUUCAACGCAUCGCUAAGUAAGCGCUUCGAUCGCUCAACUCAGCGGAUCGCAUUCGCUCAGAGUCGCUAAACGCUCAGCGCAUCGGCGGCGACAUGCUCAGCACCGAGUUAUACUCAGUGGUCGUGUGGCGAUCCGCCCUUAUCGACGGUCUCAUCCUUACCAGGGUGAUGCUCGUCUUCGUUUCCGUAUUACUCCUCGUGCGCGCCCUUCAAAUCUUUAGGGAGGCCAUCAGCUUGCCCCCAGGACCUUGGGGGUUGCCGGUCCUAGGCUCCUUGCCCUUUCUCAAGGGCGACCUCCACCUGCACUACAGAGACUUAACGAGGAAAUACGGGAGUGUGAUCAGUACCAGGUUGGGGUCGCAGCUGAUUGUGGUCCUUAGCGAUUACAAAAUGAUCAGGGAUCUGUUUAGAAAGGAGGAGUUUACUGGCAGGCCCACGACGGAGUUUAGCAGUAUUCUUGGGGAUUAUGGUGUAAUAAAUGUGGCCGGUAAACUAUGGAAAGACCAACGUAGGUUUCUUCACGAUGGCCUCAGACACUUCGGGAUGUCCUAUGUGGGCACCAGGAAGCAGCAAAUGGAAAAAAGGAUCAUGAAUGAAGUGGAGGAGUUCCUUAACGUGCUCAGGCAAAAAGGAGAUGACGCAGUGGACUUGAACCCAGUCUUUGCUGUGUCUAUCUCUAACGUUAUCUGUGAUGUACUCAUGUCGGUAAGGUUUUCGCACACAGAUGCGAAAUUCAUCCGAUUCAUGAAUCUCAUCGAUGAAGGUUUCAAGCUAUUCGGAUCUCUAGAAGCUGCUCUCUUCAUACCUUUCUUGAGGCACCUACCCGGCUACGCUGCCACUUUGCAGAAAUUCGCCAAAAAUCGCGAAGAAAUGGCCAAAUUUCUGCAAGAAACGAUCGAUGAACAUAAGAAAACCUUCAAUUCUGAGCACCUAAGGGAUCUUUUGGACACCUAUCUCUAUGAGAUUCAAAAGGCCAAUGCUGAAGGAAAUGGACACGACCUUUUUGGUGGAAGGGACCAUGACCGUCAGAUGCAGCAAAUCAUGGGUGACCUAUUCUCCGCCGGUAUGGAAACGAUCAAAAGCACCCUAAGAUGGGCGGUACUUUUCAUGUUGUACCAUCCAGAUCGCGCAAAGGCCGUCCAGGAAGAGUUGGACCAAGUUGUUGGCAGGACAAGGUUGCCCAAAUUGGAAGAUAUCGCGUAUCUGCCUACCACAGAGUCCACUAUCUUGGAGGUGCUCAGGAUAUCCAGCAUUGUACCCAUGGGUACCACGCAUGCCCCCAUUAGAGACGUGAAACUAAACGGUUUCCACCUGCCUCAGCACGCGCAGAUCAUCCCUCUGUUGCAUGCCGUCCAUAUGGAUCCAACCCUUUGGAAUGACCCUGAUACGUUCAAUCCUUCCAGGUUCAUCAACGCGGAGGGGAAAGUGUGCAAACCCGACUACUUCCUGCCAUUCGGAGUAGGCAGGAGAAUGUGUUUGGGGGAAGUUCUAGCAAGGAUGGAAUUGUUCCUAUUCUUCUCAUCGUUACUCCACUGUUUCGACUUAUCAGUUCCUGAAGGUGAAAAACUGCCAACGCGCAGAGGCAUCGCCGGCGUUACGCUUAGCCCUAGUACGUUUAGAGUUACCCUUAGAGAAAGGCCCCUCAUCAGAGGAUCAAGGACGAGAGAUGACAGCAUGAGCACAGAAGUGUCAUCGUGCGUCACAGCUUUCUAGAUUGAUACCACCAGCUUCAAUGCAGUACGUCUCCACUCUAACAAGUGGCGUCCGCAUCAAAAUGUGUUCGGUAUAUUUUAAGAAAAUGAACUUUGAACUACCACCUUGUUCUUCUUAAUCUGUAACGUCUCACACGCGUGUGUGAUUGUGAACAAAAUUUCUUCCACUAACACUUAACCACCUAGCCUGCUUUAGUAUUUUACAAUAUUUAUUUUUAUCUUUUUCCUUUUCUACAUCGAGUGCUUGCCUGUUAUCUACAGAAGGAGACAAAAAUACAUUAACAAGAAGAAAAUGACAAAGCAAAAACUAGAUUCUUGAAAUAAUCUGAAAAUAAUUGAGAAUAGCUGAUGAUAGCAGAGUCCGGAAAUAGCUUAUUCUUCAUCGAUAAUGUCUCGUUCUGUAUGUCACUUUGGAAUAAAACAAAGAAGUUCAAUUGUACGCCCUAUUUAGAACAGAAUCAUAUACAGGGUGCGAUAAUAUAACUAUAUGUAUCAAUAUGAAUUUAAAAUCUUCGUAUUAAAAAUUUAAAUAAGGUGUUCACAGUUGAAAUUUUCUGUAUAGACUAAGUUUACAACAUUUUGUGAUUGCUUGUAACUUAUUUCCGAUAAUUUUUAUAAGGCAUGAGACAAACCUGUUCUGACAGAAUAUUCUAGAUGUUUACAGGUGUUACAUUAUAUUUGGUUCAUUUGAAUUUGAAAAAGCACCAAAAUUUGAUGUAUCACCCAGUACAGGUCUGUAUAUUUGGGCUGUGGAAAGUGUUCAAUAAUUUUAUGUUUUACGUUUAGAAAUAUAUACAGGAUGAUGCCUAUCUUGCCGUCAUAAGGCUAUGGUGAUACUUUCUUGUAUCCUUGUAACGUUAGGUUUGAAGGUUUGAAGUCGACUUAAGCAAAAUGUACCAAAAAUAACACUGAAGGUUCCUAUAAACGUGGGCCCUAAAAUGAACCCUUGCCGUGAUACGGAAUUUCUAAAUCGAGAAAAGUUUAUCUCUGAGGUGUAUCGAGGGCCCUUAAGACGUAAAACCCUCUGAUUAAGUUUUUUGACAUCACCUAAUUUUGCAGUUAUAAAGAUACCAAACCUUUGAAUCCCAAUACAUGGACAUUAUAAGUGAGAGAAAUCGUAUAAUACUCAAGAUACAAGUAGAAAAAAUGGCUGAGACACGGAUAUGACAUACGCAGCAUCCUGUUGAGAUAUUUUUUUAAGAUACCUAGUCAACAUUUCAUCUUAUAUAAGUCGGUUCUUAAUGCUUUCUAGUUUAUUUUGUAUACGUUCUAGUACAGUUUUCACAUUUUCAACAUAAAUAGUAACGCCAUUUUGGUACUGUAUUGACAUGUGUACGUGUUAUACAACACCACUCAGAAGUAUUACGCUAAUGUCUGCAAAAUUAUGCAGUAUCGAUCUCUAUUCUCGAGGAGACAAUGGUCAUAAAAAAUUUGUUCCUAGAAUGGGAUGAGUAUUAAAAAUUCCAUUUCCGUGGAAUAGCAAUAUUUUGUCUUCAAAUAUAAUAGAAAUAUUUCUCUUUGUCUUAAUACCUCAGGGAGCCUUAAACCAGUAACUUGUCUUGGAUGUGGAGGUCGAUGCAGGAAUACCUUUGAGCAAGAUUUUAUUUAUAUAGUUCAUUAUACAAUCGAAUUAGAGUACUUUUGUGGAAGUUUAAAAAGGCCAGCCAGUGGUAUGCUUUAAAUUUGAAAUUCUUGGAAGUGAACUGAGACAUCUGUUGUUCAAUAUCUUAAUGUUGUUUGCAUGUAAAUACAGUAUAGUGUCUAAAAUGUAACACAACGUUCACUUUUAAAUUUUAUUACAUCUUUGCAAGCAAGGCACUUUUACUAUACAGAUUAUAUAAAAUUGUAUGUUUUACUGUCCAGAAAUAUUUCAAUGUGGUAGAUUUCCGUACUACCAAGUCUUGCAUAGCAAAUGACAUUUUACAUUUUUUAGGAAGAAUAUACUCAAUUUCUUAUAAUUAGCAAAAGAUACCAAUUUGAAAUUGUAUUGUAAAAAUUUUAUAAAUAGCGCAAACAAAAUUAUAACGUACUACUUGCUGACCUUACCGCCCUUUCUCUACUAUAUUUUAUUUUAUUCUUUUAAGUUUUCAUCACAAGCUGUAGUAUGUCAUACGUCAUUUUUUACAUUUUUCAAAAAAUCAUUUUUACAAAAUGCGAGCUAUCUUUAAGCUUCUAAAGUGCAUCUACAAUGUAGAUGUAAACGAUAAAUAUUGUAUCUUUUAUUAUCAUUUUAUUUUUAGUACAAAUUUAAGUGGUAGGCACAUGAUUUUUUAUAAUUUUUCGUUACCUUUUAGACACUUGUAUACCAGAUCAAACUGAUUCAUGCUCAUUUUGUUAAUUAGGACAUAAGUAGGGAAUAAUUUAAUUGUACAUAUUUUUCGCUUCCUUUUGUAAUCAUUUUAUAAAUACUUCUUAACUCGACCUAGUACUUCCAU